UAGUCGAGUCUUUAUAAACCCACAGCAUCACUGCUGCUGAUAUGGAGAAGUUAAGAUUCUCACGGUGUGGCACAGAUCCAUCAUCCUGCUCUUUAGAGACUUUAGAUCGAAAAGCCGUUCGAUAUGGACAUUAAAAUCACUCUUCUUGGCGGGGAGUCUCAUUCCCUCACCGUGAAUCCAGGGACCACCGUGGGCUCGCUGAAACACAUCAUCCUUCAAAGCUUUAAACUCUCCACGGAUAAGCUUUGGUUCGACAAAGAAGGACAGAAAAUAAAUCUCAAUGAUGACUCGAGAUCUUUGAGUGCCUAUGGUGUGCCGGCCGGCGCCAAUAUCUUGAUGCUGCUCAAGAAUCCCAUGAGUGAGCCCACCACCAUCGAUAUUUUUCUGAGAACGUUCGAGGGCAAGAGUCGCACCUACACCAUCCGACCUGGAGAAACGGUGGCCGCCUUUAAGCUCAAGGUUCAACAGCGGGAAGGAAUGGCCGUGGACCAACAAAGGCUGGUCUAUGAAGGCCAUCAGUUGGACGGCGAGAGUCGUACACUGGAGUCCUAUAAUGUGAGCGCGGGGAGCACCAUCUACCUAAACGGACGGCUGAGAGGCGGCAAGGACUCGGGAGAAGACAACUAAAGAGUGGAGGCCAGUUGGCACGCAGGUGCGAAGUCUUAGUUUAGUCCCUUAUUGCAAGUUAACUUUCACAAUUAUUACAGGUUCAUAAAGAGAGUUGCCUUAAAAUGACUGGACUGCCUGAAGUUUAGGAUUUGGUCAAAUAUAAUUUAUUAUAGGUUUGAGCUAGACCUUUUUCCGCCUGUAGGCAGACAAGGCGGUUUAAAUGUCACUGUUUAUGCCACUUUUUUGUUCACACUGUCUUAAUCGACUGAAUAACUUAUACAUUGAAUAAACAAUAUUGUAUUUGAAAUCA